UCUCACUGUGAUUGGCUGAUGCAUUUAACUCUCUGCGGCUGCGCGGCGUGGCUGAAGGUUGAAGGACGUGAGUCGGAGACACUGUCUGUCCAAAAACAACAAACAUGUCAACCAGUGGACUCCUCAGCGUGCAGGGACACAUCUGCAGGCGGCUGGCUCACAAGUACCUCUCAAGAACCUACUCGUCUCGCCCUUCGCUCAAUGAAGUCGUCAUUGUCAGCGCAGUCCGCACUCCGAUGGGCUCCUUCAAAGGCAGCCUGGCGGCAGUACCGGCCACCAGACUCGGCUCCAUUGCCAUUAAGGGAGCCAUAGACAAAGCAGGGAUCGCCCCUGAAGAGGUUAAGGAAGUCUACAUGGGCAAUGUGCUUCAGGCAGGAGAAGGACAGGCCCCCACAAGACAAGCUUUGCUCGGAGCAGGCUUGACCCUCGGCACUCCGGCAACAACCAUAAACAAAGUCUGUGCAUCCGGGAUGAAGUCCAUCAUGAUGGCAGCACAGAGUCUCAUGUGCGGACACCAGGAUGUGAUGGUGGCAGGAGGCAUGGAGAGCAUGUCCAACGUACCUUAUGUGAUGACCAGAGAGACGCCAUCCUACGGAGGCGUGAAGAUGGAAGACCUCAUUGUCAAGGACGGACUCACUGACGUGUACAACAAGUUUCACAUGGGCAACUGUGCAGAGAACACAGCCAAGAACAGCCAGAUCACCAGAGAGGAGCAGGACGCCUACGCCAUCGGCUCGUACAGCCGCAGCAAAGCGGCAUACGAGUCCGGCAUUCUGGCCAAGGAGAUCGUACCAGUGAGCAUUCCCCAGAGAGGCAAACCUGACGUGGUCGUGUCUGAGGACGAGGAGUGGAGGCGGGUCGACUUCAGCAAAGUUCCCAAACUGAAGGCGGUGUUCCAGAGAGAGAACGGCACGGUGACAGCAGCCAAUGCCAGCACACUGAACGACGGAGCAGCUGCUCUCGUGUUGAUGACAGCCGACGCUGCAAAGAGACUCAACGUCACUCCACUGGCCCGGAUUGUCUCUUUUGCCGAUGCUGCCGUUGCACCCAUUGAUUUCCCCAUCGCUCCUGCAUUUGCUGUACCAAAGGUUCUGGAUGCAGCGGGGCUGAAGAAGGACGACAUCGCCAUGUGGGAGAUCAACGAGGCCUUCAGCGUGGUCGCGCUGGCCAACAUGAAGAUGUUGGACAUCGACCCAGCAAAAGUCAACGUUAACGGGGGAGCCGUGUCACUGGGACACCCCAUCGGGAUGUCUGGGGCGAGAAUCGUGGGUCACAUGGUGCACAACCUGAAGCCAGGCCAGUACGGGCUGGCAGGCAUCUGCAACGGAGGUGGUGGAGCUUCAUCUAUUGUGAUCCAGAAGCUGUAGAAAACCUGACGAGGAAGCUUCUCUCUGUCUGUGUGUUGACUACCGAACCUCCGUGAACUAGCUUUUUACUGAAGAAUGCACCUGUUACAGCUUUGUUGCCAGCGGCCUUACUCAAACAGCAAAGUAGGACUCCACUGUCAUGAUGUCAUGACUCCAGUGUUUCACACUCCUUUUGUGCAUAAGUGAUUUAAUAUUUAACUCUAAAGUGAGAUGGUUAAAUAAAUAGUUUUUACGAAACCGCUGCUGGUUGUUGAAUAUUUCUGACUCUGGGGUUGAUGCUCUCUAAAGAUUUGACCUACAAUAAAUCAAGUUUCACAACAAA